GUUGCUUUGCUUCAAGUGAUUAUUUUCUUUCCCAGUGUGCGGGGCUGUGAAGACGCGUCCCUUGUCAGACCGCUUUGAAAGUCCAUUGGACUACCAUGUUAGAAUGAUACAAUGGCCUUUAUAUAAAAUCCCUUGCUGCUUUCAACAAUAGGCACUUAAGCUGUUUGACCUGCGGUCUAACGGUGCCGGGCCAUGGCGACGACCGCUGCGGAGCUCGCAGCCGUCUUGCCGUCUUUCCCUAUAAAGGACCUCUCCUCCUUCCACGUUGAGUCCCUUCUCGGCGGUGGCGGCUUCUCCCAUGUCGUACUCGCGCGUGACGCUGCGGGCACCGAGUGCGCGCUCAAGCUCAUUCCCGCGCCCCCGGGCGUAACCUGCCUGGCUGACCUGGAGGCCGGCGCCCCGCUGCUGCUCUCAGAGGCACGUAUCCACCUGCUGCUCAGCGGGGAGCCCUCCAUACUGCCCUGCCAGGAGGCCUUCAAGGCGGUGUAUGUGGAUGAGGUAUCCAGCGGUGGUGCUGCAGUUCGCGGCAGCUCCGGCGGCCAUGCAACCUACAUGGCCGUGCUGCGGAUGCCGGUCGCGGCGUGCAGCGCGGAGGAGUGGCUGUUCUCAGCAGUGCCGCCGCCGUCGUCAUGCGGCAGCGCUGCGGGGCAGUUGGACGAGCAAGAGGUCCUAAGCGUGUGGCUACAAAUGGUCAAUGCCGUACACCGUUGCCAUAUGCAUGGGGUCGUACACAAAGACAUCAAGCUGCCCAACUUCCUGCUAGACCACCGAGGGCGGGUGCAGCUCAUGGAUUUUGGGUUGGCGCAGGUGGAGGGUGUCACGCCGCGGGCGGUGGCGGGCACUCCCUGGACCAUGUCCCCGGCGGGAUUCAAGCAUUCGGACGAUGGACGCGCUGGGGACUGGUGGUCCCUAGGUGUGGUGUUGUACCAGAUGCUUCAGGGCGGCGCCUGGCCCUUCAAACAAUGCUGGUGGCCCUGGCAGCGCGCAGGCGGCCGCACGACAGAGGCAGCCAUCCGCAGGGCUGUUCUGGCGGGCCGUAUCACCUUCCGCGACGCUCCCAUCCUAGCUGGCGCCGUCGGCUGUGGCGGUGCCGUUGGUGGUGGAGGCGGCGGCGGUAGCGCGCUGGGCGGCGCUGGUGGAGGCAAGGUGUCGGAGGCUGCCCGAGCGUUGAUUCGGGGGUUGUUACAACCGGAUCCUAACCGUCGCUGGCAGUUACGGCAGGUACUGGCGAGCGAUGCCGUACGACCGGAGCUGUUGCAGGGCUUAGCGACUCGCUUUCCGGAGCUGAAGGAUGACAUGGAGGGGUUGCUUUGGAUGCAGCAGCGCGCGCGCGGGG